CGGCCGGCGGAGUUGGAGUUCAUAUGCGCGAAUGAAUCCGAGUCAAAAGUGUGAAAUAUUCACGAAUCUGAACAUCCUCAGACAAUGGUUAGACAAAAUUACGCAAUACAGCUUCAAGAACCAGCAGGCUAGGGUUGCAUCCAAACAUGGAUAUAGCAUGUAAUUGUACCUUCAUUUUCUCUGUUGAACAUUAUACACUGGUGUCUGAAACCAAUUUAAAUUCAUCAGCAUAAUAAUAUGGGAACAUGAUUAUUUUGAACAAAUUCCAAAUCCAAGAUGGCCAAUGGAAACAGCUACUAGUUUCUCACUUUCACCAAGUAAACACAUUGAAAGCAAAUAAAAGAAGCACUAGACAUGAUUCAUACCAUAUAUCCCCAACCACAAAUGAUCAAGAGAGGAAUUUUACUGAUGAAUUGUUAAAAUAAUAUUUAACAUAGGCCUACUGACUGUACAAAAAAUUCAGGACAUUCUGAAAAAAAAAUGAAAUCAGGAAAUAGAAGUUGGAGAAGGUCAGACAACAGAUGGACAACAAAAGUAACAGAAUGGAGACCUAUGGAUGGCAAAAGGAACAAGGGAAAAGAUGGAUGGAUCAGAUAGGCAAGUAUUUAGGAACAGCGAAUUUGUGGAAGAGAACAGAGCAAUCAGAUAGUGUAGUAUGGCAUCAGAAUUUUGACACUUUUAUCCAACAAUGGACUGACAAAAAACUGAUGAUGAUCCCAGUACAAGAAAUUAGGUUAAUUCAAUUGUCACCAUUCUCAUCGCCAAAUUACUUUGUAAAUAGUUGAUAUAUUUCUCAUAUUAAAAUAUGUGUGACCCGAAGAUCACCGAUCAUCAAAAGUAUGAGGACGACUUGGCUCAUAUCAACCUCAAAAACGAGAGGUGACAUCUCAACCAACAUGGCGUAGCAUCGAGAGUAUGUUUAAGAAUACUGGUGGAUCACUAGCUAAACUUUUUUAUUCUGCACUUGGCAUUUACUCCGCCGCAAGUAUUAAAUAUGAUGACGAUGAUUCGGAUAUGUUCACCUAUCCACGGGGAAUAAUCGGCGCUUCAGACGACGAGCUCGGUGACGAAAACAGUAACUUAGCUAUCUAGAGAUGAAGUGGCAUUAUUUGAGAUACUGUAAAAGCAAUUUGUAAUCAUUAGUGCAUUUGAAUUUGUCUUCACCUCUGGGAGCUGCUUGAAACAAGACGAGUUAAUGUAACACCAUCAAGUUAUAUGCAAAUCUACUUAAUCUACGUAUGAUAUUUGCUGGCUUUUACCAAACAUAUUUCGUUGUUCAAGGAGGCCUGUAGUAGCACCUGAACUUUGGCACAAGGAACUCGCAAACCUGUUGGCAGGAACAAAAGCAGAUACUCUUUAAGACUACCAGAAACCAGUCGGCAUAGUGUAUUUUCAAUCAAGCAGCACUGGCUAUUGAACAACACCAGUCAAGCAGUUAUAUAUGUUCUUUACCGUUAAUUCUGUGCAAUAGAAGAACCCAAGCAGACAACAAGGAAAAAUGUCUGAGGUAGAUGAUCAAGUUAUACGGCAGAAACGACGAAGAGUCGAUGUGGGUGUGCCAAGGAGUAUUCAUUCGCAAAACAAGCUGCAUUCCACCGCUAUGAUCAUGAAUGGAAAUGUUUCUUUGACUUCAGCAGACACCACAGAAGUCCUACGCAAGCUAUUGAAACAUGGCCAGAAUCCAAGUGAUUUGGAACAGACAUUUGCCGAGAAAUCCCAUGAAGGAUCGUCAAUUAUGUCCCAUCUUUUAAAAGCUAAAAUGCAGGCAGCUAAUCAGGGAAAUCUAGAUAUGAUGCAGCACUCGCCGUCGAGUCUACCGUCUGAUAUGAUGCAUGAGAUGGAUGCUAAGGAAACAGAGAGUUUACAUAACAAUGGACAAUAUAAUUCAGAAAGAUGCUGUAACGGCAACCAGAGUCCGGUUUAUGAAAACACGCCAGAUAGUGCCGAAGCCAAAAGGGCACGAGUGGAGAACAUCUUGAGCACUAUGCGUCAAUCGCCGCUUCGCCAAAUUACAGAACCAUCAAACACACCUCCUCUGGAAUCUCGUCGACAAAAACGUAAACAGUCUCAACCUCAGCAACAGCGAGUUCUGGACGAACGAAAACAGACGCGAAGAGAAGAAAGACGUAAGUUAAAAGAUCUUUUGUAUCACCUUCAACAACAGCUUGACAUGCUACAAGAAAAAUAUUUUGACCUUUACGAAGAUGACAACAGCAGCUUGUCAGACAGCUCUGAUGACCUAGAUGACAUUCGUGAAUCGCCGAUUCAAGUGCCUAACCUAAGUAAAAGUUUACAAAAGUUGACAGCAGCCACACAAAAAUCUGGAAAAUUUACUGAUGCACUAAAACAAGAACUUACUAAUGUUGUAUCGGCCACAGUUGAUUCUGUCCUUAGUCAGUUCAAGCCGCAUCCGCCAUCUGUACCCGAUUCCCAAAAACCUUCCAAGCGUAAGCCUGUCGGAAUGUCAAGCCCAGUCAACAAUAACAACAACCAUUACAAUGCUGAUAGACCUUCCCCUCCCCUACACCAGCAAGCUCCAUCUAAACCUUUACCACGUGUUCAUCAUGAUACACUGUCAGAACAGAUGGAAGCUAUCCCUCUCAUUGUGCCGCAUCGUACUCGUGUCCGUGACACCAAUGUUAGCGCGGCAGCUUCCAUCCGACAUCGUAACGAGUCAGAAUAUGAGACGCCACUACCAUCCUCAUUGCCAACUAGUGUAGCAAUUCCAAACCCUAGCCUGAACCAGUCCAUGUCAAUGGUAAUGAUGCAUGGCGCAGUACCAGAGAGCCGCGAUGUACUGGAAGAUAUGAGAUAUACCUCUGCACAUUUUUUCCGACCGUUCUCCAGUAGUCCACUGAUGUCACACCAUGCGGCCAGCAUGGUACAGCAUGGGGAGCCUGGUAGCGCUGAUACCCCCCACUAUGAGGGUCUCACAGUACCAAUGGUCAAGACAGAUUUGGGCGAUUCCGGUUAUUACCAUGACGGAUCCACGGACCUCUCCAUCUACAACGCCGCUAAUGGAACAUCGCUAACAUCAACGUUGACACCAUCCCAUUUGAAGAAAGCCAAAUUGAUGUUCUUCUAUACCCGCUACCCAAGCUCGUCAAUCCUUAAACAACAUUUCCCAGAUGUCAAGUUUAACCGCCACAACACAUCCCAAAUCAUUAAAUGGUUCAGCAAUUUCCGAGAAUUCUAUUACAUUCAGAUGGAGAAGUUUUCACGUCAGUAUCUCAGCGAAGGAAUGGAGAGUAGCGAUCAGAUCCGAAUGACAAACGACUCUGAAAUUUUCCGAUCUCUCAAUCUUCACUACAAUAAGAGCAACGAUUUUCAGGUUCCUGAAAGCUUCUUGUCAGUCGCUCAAGCCACCUUGGUAGAGUUCUUCAACGCAAUUAAAGCCAAUAAAGACGCAGAGCCCUCGUGGAAGAAAAACAUCUACAAGGUGAUCAGUAAGCUUGAUGAACCUUUGCCUGAGUUUUUCAAAUCAGCCAACUGUUUAGAUGAGCUCGAAUAGAAGCUGUGAUUCAGUGCAAUCGAAACCUUACUUCUUGCUUAGACGUGCUGGAUUUUCAAAAAAACUAUCAUCCUGACUUGGCUUGACUGUGAUUAGUCAGUUGGCGUUAAUAAUAUUUACUGUACAUGCAUACGGUUGAUUGUUUUUUUCUUGUUUUUACUGCAUUGCAAUAUGAUAGAGAAUGAAAGGUUAAACCAUAAGAUUUUUGCCUUUGUCUCUUUUAUUAAAUUAUCUGCAGAACUGCAUCAAAAGGCAACUGAGAUUGAUUAAGUCUUUCCAUUUAGUAAAUAUUGAUAAUAAUUAUAUAUUUGAACAAAUUAGUAAAACUACUUCUUCCAUAUAAUAUCAAGUGCCUAAUUAUUUAAUGUUUGUACUUCUACAAAAAUAUUUCACCCUGUGAUUUUUAUAUGUCUACAGCAUUGUGCCUCUUUUGUAUAUAUUCAAAUUAACAGUAUGUUGUCGGGUGCGCAAUUUUGUUCAACUCAAGAUAGAUCAUGUAAUAAUGAUAAACGUUGACCUCUGUGCCUUAUACAAUAAUAUUGGAUUGGAGAACUUGGAUUUAAGAUAUGCCUAUCCUACCUCAGGAACUGUAAAACUCUGUAAUCCAGUAUGGAAAACGUUAUUAGCAAGGAUGCAUGCUGCAAUGGUAUGACCACCCACCACAAUAUGAGUCGUGUUGCACCACAGAUCAAACAUGUGACAUUGUAACAAUAACUUAAUACAUAAUACAACAUAUAUUUUGCAAUUAAAUAAUAAUUGUUGAUACCAUAUCUAUAAGUGGAAAUAAUGGCCUUUAAAAUGGUAUGAAAAUUAAAUUUGCAAGAAACAUCUUCAUCGAGUACAACAUGCUUCAUAGAGUAAUCACUUAAAAUCUUGUUUAUAUAUCAACAAAGCUAUUGUACAUAAAUAUAAAAGUUAAACUAUUGUAAAUUACUAAAAACCCAAUUUUUGCAAAAAUUCAGGUUCCAAGAGUUACCUCAAAUUCGAAUCAAGUUGCAACAGAUGCAACAAAACUUGUUUUGUGGUGGAGGUUCACAUCUAUAUACUUUAUAUGAUUGAAGCAGUGUUUUUUUUUCUGGAUUUACAUUUAUAAUCUUUACCAUUCUGCCCAUUAUCAUUCUAAUGAAUGAUUUAAGAAAGAUUAAACUUUUCAAAAUGAACUUCCUGUUCUAAGUAAACAACCUCUUCAAAUCUCUGAUUUUUGUUAUAGCACAUUUACACGAGGGUAAUAAAUCUAGCAAAGCUAAUAAUUUGUAAUCCUCAAUGUUCUAUUACCAAGUAUCCUUUAGGUUGAGUUGAGUAGUUUUUAGUGGUGAGAAAAUUCAGACUUUUUUAGGAUUGAACCUUUGACCUUGAGAUUUGAGGAUGAGCACCUCACCCUCCAAAGCACAGCUUAAUUCCAUGUUAUUAUGCUCUGUUCUUAGUAAUCUCAUACUUAUCUUUUAAGACUAUAUUACGAUCGUCUAAUAUAAAUUGAAAUUUGGAGUGUAAGCAAGAAGUUCUUUAUAUCCAAUACUUGAAGAACGCAGUAUUAUUGUACAUAUUUAUGUAAUUAUAUUUGUCUCUUUAUUAAUUUUUUUUUUUACAUUUUUUUUUCAUUAGAAAUAGUUUUUCUCAGAUGCAUAUGUAUUACUUUGAAUAUUUAAAAUUGAUUACAAUUUGGGACCCGGUUGGUGGUAUGUGCAAAACAGAUUACAAUUAGUUUUGUUUAUAAUUAUAUAAUUUAAGAUUAUUAAAAAUUAUUAAGAUAUCCAUAAGCAUUUAUCUAACAUUAAUUUAUUUCGAAAAAUGUAUGUAUAGAAUUGAAAGUAUUUUGUAAAUAGUAACAAAUAAUGCGAUCUUCCAUUAGCAUACUAGAACAGAAAUUGCUGCCUUGUGUCAAUUUAUUUUGUUUUAGAACUAGUAAACGUGUAAACAGAUAAUUAUAAUUUGUGCAUGUUUUGUAGUACUGUAUUUCCUAAUUUGGCGCUCUUUUACUUUUUAAAGACAAUUGCAAGUAAAUAUUUAUUGAUUUUUACUUUAUCUUAGAAUAUUGCAGCAGUUAUGAAUGUAAUAUUUAAUUGGUUGAAUUGCCAGAUGAAAGUUGAUUGGAAAAAACUUUGUAACAGAAAUUAUUACGUAGAUUUGUGAGAUUUGAAGCGAUGUAUGGAACUACAUUUUAUAGACUACCUAGAAGUAAUUAUAAUUAAACAUAUUUAUAUAAAGAAAAACAACUCAUUUAGUAUUGCAUUUGUGAAUACUUCACAUAUACAUGUGCAAAUUGUUUGUGUGCAUAAGAUUUUGAUUUGAAAAUAAUGCAUGAAAAAAUAACAUUAUGUUGUUAAAUUGUUGUUCAUGUAAAAUUAUUGAAUUUUAAACAUCUUUUCCCUUGUGUUCAGAUUUUUUAUGGAUCACUUAAAAAUACAGAACUCAAUAUUUUUAUGAAUUUAUAAACUUUUACAGCAAGAAAAGUUAUUGUUAUGUUUUUUAAGUUGUGGAAUUCUAAUUGUCUUUAAAUCCUUCAAAUUUUGCAUUAUUAUUUUAUAGCAAUUAGUCUAAUGAAUAUUCAUGAUUAAAAUCCUGUGUGGUAUUGACUUCGUAGACAUAUGACAUUUCAGUUAUGAAUUGUUUAUAAUUAAAUCACACUCAUAUCAGUGCCUUAUCAAUAUCUAAUACAUUUCUGAUUUAAUUAAUUUUUUAUUAAUUAAAUGUGAAUAGCCUCCAUGAGAGUAACGUUUCAACAUUUAUUUAAAUAUUUGAUGAAUAUUCAUAAGUUGAUCAUUAUCAUUCCUUUUGUGUCUUAUACAGUAAGGAGAUAGUGCAUUGAUUACUACAGUUUUAUAUACUGUACAAUGUUUAAAAAUAUUUUUUCUACACAUUGCCACUCUUAUAUAAAUAUCUGUUCUUUAUUAUACUGUUGACAUUUGUACAUAUAUUCAUCUAUUCCUCCUUAAGAAUCUUAUUUCCUUUUUAAGUUUAUUUCAAGUGUUGUAUCCUGUUGUUAAUUUUUAUUGGCUCCAUCAGCAUUAUCCAUUAUUAUUUUAUUUUUGUUGUAUUUUUAUUGAUGUAUUCCUAUUAUAUUAUUAUUUCAAUUAGUCCAAGUUAAUAAGUUGGUUCUCUGAGAGAUCUCAAUUGUGUUUUUGUUGCCAAAUUUCUAGCAAAGCUGUCAUACCUUUUUUUUUUUGUAAAAUUAGUGCAUAAGUACAUGCAUAGCCUUCAUGUGUAGCCAUGGGCUAGUACUCAUGCAAAUAUAGCAACUAUGGGCUAGCAUCCAUGCAUGAGUGACCAUGGACUAGCACCCAUGUAUUGUAACUCAUGCAUUAGUAAUCAUGCACUAGUAACAAAUAAUAAAAUAUAUGUGCUCACUAUAGCAUCCUAUAAACUUAUCUCAGAAGUCUGUACCAUUACAUUAGUUACCAUGGGCUGGUAAUCAUGCUUAAGUGACCUGAGUUCAGCAGUGACGUAUCUAUGGGGAAUGGGCUGCGUUCACCACCACACCCCCCCCCCCCCAGAAAAGGAAAAAAAAGCUUGUCCUUCCACAAUGGAAAUUUGCUGAACAACAAAUUAUGCUCAAGUAGUUAAAAAUUACAUCAUAUCACCUUAUUUUGCAGCUAAAUCCUCCAAACUUGAUUAUCGAUCAUCUUACUUAACCUUCGCACCUCCCCCAUCAGCCCCGGCCCCAUGUCAAAACUUAUAGAUAUGCCACUGGUGUCCAGUACUCAUGUAUGAUGUACUCAUGUAUUAAUAACCAUGCAUUAGUAUGAUUGCACUACUUCUGAUGCAUAUACAGUAGUACUAACCUGUUAGUAACCAACAACUAGUAGUACUGCAGCACAAGUAUUAUCAUGAGAUACUCGUGAGUGUGUGACUAUAAGCCAGUACUAUUCAUGCAUUAGUAACCUUUGGCUAGUACCUAUGCAUAAAGUGGUUUAAAUAAAAUCGCUACAGGCAAUCACUAACAACUGUCUGUGACGCUGAUUGGCCAGUCGAAUUGGGAAGCCUUCACAAUUGUGUUGGGGAAGGCACUGAAACGACAAUGUAGCGAUUUUAUGGAAACCAGUCUGGCAGCCAUCACCUAUUAAACAAAUGUUAGUUACUGUGGGCUAGCACCCAUGCACUGGUUUGUAGCCAUGGGCUAGUAGGCAUGUACUAAUAUAUUUGUGCAACUGUGAUGUUAUAUUGUGUGUUGAAUAUUAUUAGAUUUUCUCUAAUGCUUUAAUUUUCAUCCAGUACUUUUUGUCCAAGUGCAAUUCAAACGGACCACCAUCAAGCUGUUGAGAAAUUAUAUGAACACAUAAUAAUUAUAUAUACUUUCAUAUACAUACACAUACGAUAUAAUAUGUAGGCAAUUUAUGUAUAUGGUCAUUUAACUGUUCCCUGGUAUAACAUAUAUAAAUCAUAUGUAUGUAUGUAUUUGCAAAUGACAGUGGUUAUAUUGUAUAUGCAUGUGCACAACUCAUGAUGCAUAUGAGUGCGUGGAAGUAUAUUUUGUGUAAAUAAUUUAAGUUCAUCAGGAAUUUAUUUUGAGAUAUCGUCUUCCAGGUUAUUUUUAAGUUCAAUUAUGAUGCGUUCAAAUUAAAGACUAAACGAAUAAUGACGUAUGUAAUGAUAAUCAUCUGCUAAAUCUUCCACCUUUUUUUAAUGAACUGUCAGAACACUCGAGUCGAGUUCCAAAUUGCUCGACUUAGAUUUAUUUCUUCCAUAAUCCGAGGUAAUGGAAAUUGCUGUUAAAGCGUGUACAAUAAGUGUAGGUUCUUAAGUGAAUGCCAUUAAUAACAAGUAGCGCGAGCCGUAUCGUUCUGACGCUUGUACUUUACGUGGCGUCUGCCUAAUCAUCUCGAAAAUCCAAUGAGCCGGUGGCCCUGCAAAAUCUUUUUAUACAGAGAGAUUCUGUUUCACAGUUAACUAUGCGGUUUCUACACCUAGUCGUCAAAUAAUAACAAUUGCAACAGGAAGGUUUUUGCAAUCUUACGAUGAAAAAUUUUAGUGCGGUUACGUCAUACAUUUUAUAUUUCUUUUAGCUAAUCCCCUUUCAUCAGUCGUUUCUCAUUUUUAGGAGUUAAUCGUAUUCGUAAAAUAGAAAAACGGAUAUAACUACUCUCACAUAUUUACCACCUGACUCCUCGUAAAUUCGAAAAAUCAGAAAUUAAAAGCACUCGGCACCAGGGUACUGACUAUGACUAUAUCGUCUGCACUGCGCACUCAGUGGGCCAUCCUACGAUUCCACUAUAAGGUGUGGCAUCUUAAUCAGCGUAAAUGUGCGUACAAUUCCGUAUUUGAGCCUAAUAAUAACACGUCCUGAUUGGUCAUUUGACAAUCUGGGCCAUUAGGUACGUAUAACAAACAUGUCGUAUUCGUUUAAUCGUUUUCGUAAACGUUCCGAAAAAUUCCUCUUAUAAUAAUAGAAGAGUUUCUUUAGAACAGCGCUUCGUAAAAUGUCUACCAUAUAACAUUUUUAUUAUCAUUUACCAUAUCUCUUGAUUUUUGUUAAUGAAACAAUCUCGAAUUCGUGCCUUAUCAAUGUGUCUCUCUAUAUACUUUAUUGUUCAAAUUCAUGACUUAAUUACUUCACAUUAAUUAUCUCCUGUGUUAUACUCAAUAUUUUACGCAAGACGUGAUGAAUGCCUUAAAUUAGAUUACUGUACACAGAAACUCGCUAGUUAUUCCUAACGAGAGUUGAUGACAUUGUUUCCAAUAUGGUCACGUUUGAUUUUUAGCACUGUCCUUCAUCAGCAUUCGUUGAAUCGUAUUUUUUCUAAUUUUUCAUAAUAUCAAGAAGAUGAAUGUCUUUCCAUAUGCGAAAGUGAUCAGUGUAGUAAUAAAAGGUGUCAAGAGUUGUCGCUUGUAAAUUAACUCUACUUUAAGCGUAAGUAGCGAUUUUAACUACACAUAUAUGCAAAUGCAUAAUAUAGGCCUAGGGCCUAGUUACACCCGACUCGCUAGUGUGUAAUUUCGUCUUAGUAGUUAUAAUUCAGUUAUUUUAAUCUUUAAUUAUGUUAUUUGGCUUUGUAUGAGUUAGGUAAAGUUUAUAGGUACGUCUAAAUUCAACUGAAAUUUGUUUACUAUUAUUAUUAUUUGCAUUUGGGGAUGAGCUGUUGUCACGAUUGAAUAAAUGUUAUAAGACAUAAUA